AUGGCACAUGGCACGGACGAGUUUGGUCUUAAGCGAUCGGCAGGUGUGGACUACAGCCGAGUGCAGGACCGACAGAUUGAUGACCAACGGUUCGAGCGUCAGCGUCGCAUCCGUGCAGCCUCAUCAGCGCCGCCAGCAGUGCAGCAGCCAACUUAUGGCGGAGUCGUGCAAUCUGCUACUAUGGACGCGUUUAUGCGCAUUGUGACGGGCAAAGAGGAGCGCACGAUUGCUGACCGUAUCAGUGAUCCGAACCGCCCCACGUGGGAGCAGUACAAGAAGGAGAACGCCGACAAACUGGACCUUAACGGCAACGAGGAGAAGGCGAUGAAGGAGUAUCGGAGAAAGCUGGAUGCUGAUAGAGAAAAGAGACUGGCUGGAGGCAGCGGUGUCAAGAAGAGGUUGAAGAAACACAGGAAACGUGCACACUCGUCGUCUUCGUCAUCCGAUGAAGACGCUGAUACGGAAGAUGAGCGUCGACGCUCGAAACACAAGAGCCGCAAGAAGAGGAAAAGUCACAAGCGACGAAACAAGUCCUUGGACUUGGACGAGAGCCACUCAGACACGAAGGAAGACAGUCGCUCUCGACGACGUAAGAGCUCCAAGGAAAAUCGGAAGAUGUUGCGCGAGAAAGAAAACCCAGACGCGUCUUCUUCACCCGUGCGUCUCUCCUCUUUCCUGAAGCGAUCAAGCGAUAAAAUAGACCGUCAGUCUUCAUAG